GCGCAGUCGCGCCUCCUCAGGCAGCAGCCAUGGCGGGACAAGAGGAUCCGGUGCAGCGGGAGAUUCACCAGGACUGGGCGAACCGGGAGUACAUUGAGGUCAUCACCAGCAGCAUCAAGAAAAUCGCAGACUUUCUCAACUCAUUCGAUAUGUCUUGUCGCUCAAGACUCGCAACACUAAACGAGAAAUUGACAGCUCUUGAACGGAGAAUAGAGUACAUAGAAGCCAGGGUGACAAAAGGUGAAACCCUCACCUAGGACUGUGCCAUGCUGCUGCUGGGAAGUGUGCUCUUACAGCAGGCAGCCUCUCGUGGGAAAGGCCCCAGCAGCCUUCAACUCCUUCCUCUCUCCUUAAAGAACAACAGGGCUUAUUCUUGUUUUUCUUUUUUUCAAAAGUGUGGCCUUUGGGCUCUGCUAUGCACACCCAGAAGUGUGAUGUGGCGUGUGGGGAGGAGUCCGGGGACCUCUUGGAAACAUUGUUAGGCAUUUUACCUCUUCAGGAACGUUCUGUAGAAGUACAUGUCAACACUUUUGAGGCACUGAGAGCCAAAAGCCUGGGACUCUGUCAAGGUCCUCCCCACCUCUCUCUCUCUCUCUCUCUCUCUCUCUCUCUCUCUUUCUUUCUCUCUCUCUCAGUCUUUCCUUAUAGCUCUCAUUGCCUGUGCAUUGAUUCUAUAAACAGUGCUUGUCUUCUUCCCACCUUUGGCUGGGGGUGGGAAGCAGUCCUGGCUGAGAUGCCCUGGUGAGGUGGCUGCCAGAGAAUGUUGUUGCUAACCCACCAGUUUCUUGUCCUUUUGGGGAGGUCAAGGCCAGGCCCCCACUUGGCUUGAAAAGGGACAUUUUCAGAGUUUUCUGUCUGUCACUUGGGGUUUCUUUACCUCUCAUAUUUCCCUAAUAAACUCCUCAACUUUA